UGCCAACAGGUCACGACCUCACAAGCUUAGGCCGAGCUGCAAGGGACAAACAUACUUCAUGCCAUCCUGCAGCCAUGUACAAAGCAGACGCAACUCGCCAUCAAGGUCACAACAGAAGUAUGCAAGAGACUCAACGCGCGAUACGUCGCGCCUACACUAAAAGCUUAAUGCUUAGAAGUAGGCCUAGAGGGGGAUCUUACUCUGACGUUGUUUGUGCCUGCGGCUCUCUGCUGCAGGUUGCGUAGGGAGUCGUGGUAGAUUGCCAUUAGUAGUAGCCGAAAACAUCAUCGUUUCAUAAACUUAAACUUGACAACGUACCUGACAAAGAGCACUCUACGUAACCCUCUAUCCUUGUAGGGCUGCUGGAGGGAAUGGCGUCUACUCAAUUUGAUCAGCAAGUCCAAGCAUUUGUCACGGAUGCUGCUCUUGCUAAACGAGUCUCCGGGCACGCUGCGGCCUUUCCCGAGACGCAGCAGACUUGGAGUGAUCUCAUCAGCUUUGCUCAGCAAACACAGGACGGCCCGGCGCGGAAGAAGGUGCGAUUGGAUGUGCCCGAUGAGGGAGAGGAUGAGGUGAUGCUCAGUGUACCAGACCUCUCCUUUUCUGCACCCGUCAGGAAGAAGUUGACGCUGCAGCUCUCGAAGCGCAGACUGGUUGCUAAGAGUGCGACUGCUAUCGAGCUCGCAGUGGAAUACGCCAGCAUUCGGCAUGUCUGUUUGCUACCGGUGCCAGAGAAGGCUGUCAAGCAGUUCAACUACUGCAUCUUCUAUACGGAUGGCCAAGACAGCGAGGUUGCGUGCCUCGUCUUUACAGUGAAUGAUGUCAAUGACAAGCUGCCGGCACUGAAGCGGCAGAUGGUGGCAAUCAAGGGACAAGUCCAUGAGCCGCGGUUAGAAGACUUUACGAGUGCAAUUCCACAACCGCACCGGAAGCAAGAGAAGGCCGUGCAUGCCGUUGCGCAUCGUGGCUCCAAGGAAGGCUUCUUGUUCUUCCUUGAGGUUGGCAUCUUGUAUGGCUUCAAGCGGCCGAUACUACUGAUCCCUCUGGCAGAUAUCGAGACCAUCACAUACAGCGAUAUACUUCAGCGGACAUUCAAUCUGACCGUCGAGCUCCACGGUGAGGACGAGGACUCGGUUGAAUUCAGCAUGAUUGAUAUCGCCAAUCACGAGCGGGUAGAUCACUACAUUCGCAAGUACAAGCUACAGGAUGCUAGCAUGUCAGAGAGUCGCAGAGCAGCGCAGAGCAAGAAGGAUAUGAAUACUGCUAUUAGCGAUGCGGCGGAUGAGAUUGCUGCUGGAGUGACAGGCAUUGCUGGCGAGUCAGAUGAAGAAGCAGAUGAGAGUUUCCACGACAGCGAUUCACAUGGCGGUUCGACCAUUCACUCUGACUCGAGCGAUGCUGAAGAGGACGGUGCAGGCGAGGCAGAUGGCGACGGAGGCGAGGAGGAAGAGGAUGCGGAUUAGAGAUAUAUGCGCGUGCAAGUCUAGUCUGAUGCAACGGAGACCGCGUCUUCGAGAUCAUCCUCGUCAACCUCAUGUUAGUUCUUUGUAGCCUAUGACCAUUGUAGACUUACAAUAUCUUGUGCCAUAGACACAGCGAGGUCGGCCUUGAGCAGUGCG